UUUAAUUCAAAAAUACCAUAUAUCCAUCAAACCCCCCACAAAAAGCAAUGGCAUCGUCAUUUUCCCCUCUGAAAUUCCUUUUCCUCUUUCUCUUUCUUCUUUCUUUUCCAUUUUCAAAUGCAAGAAAUCAUGACGGAGAAAACAGCCAUGAUGUUUCCUCUUCAACUGGUGGUAUCUUGGCCAAAAAGCGAGCAGAAAAGCUGAUAAAAUCUUUCAACUUGUCCCCUAAAGGCCCUGUUAGCACCCGUCAUGCAGACACACCUAUAUCAGAAUCAGAGGAGGCUCCAGGGAUUGUUGAGAAACAAUUCAAAUUUCCUUCUCUCCUCGAAACUGGACCUUCUAUUCAGAAUUUGGGUCACCAUGCUGGAUACUAUAAACUGUCGCAUUCUAAAGCUGCAAGGAUGUUCUAUUUUUUCUUUGAAUCCCGGAAAAGCAAAAGGGAUCCUGUUGUGAUAUGGUUGACUGGGGGUCCAGGGUGCAGCAGUUCUCUAGCCUUGUUUUAUGAAAUGGGUCCUUUUCAUAUCACUAAGAACUUGUCUCUAGUAUGGAAUGAAUAUGGCUGGGAUCAGGCAUCAAACCUUCUGUUUGUUGAUCAGCCUAUUGGAACUGGUUUUAGCUAUACUACAAAUGAUGAGGAUUACCCAAAAAAUUCCUUGCAGAUGCUGAAGCGAUGGAUCGAAGGGAAAUUGGCUAUGCAACACUCCGAGAGGACAGCUCCUAAUCCCAAGUAAUGUUCCGGAUGCACUCCGCAACACACAAAGACUAUCUGCUAAUCCCAGUAUUACCUCAUUGUAGAUGCAAUUAUGAUUUUCUUCACACUCAAUAAUUCCUGUCUGUCUGCCCCUUUCAAGUAUAUACCACUGCAGAAGUAUCUACUGAUCGGGCAGCGAUUUACAAAUAAAAGUUUGUCAUGUUG